CCCACCAUCCACUGUGGCACCAGCUCCUUCGGCCAGCCGGGAUGGGACAGGCAACUGAGAGAGCCAGAGAGGUGAUGGUGACCAUACACUGGACUGGGAGAGGAACGGGACUCUGGGCCGCUAGCUGCCAAGCAGGUGGUGGGGGGCUCUAGGCCAUGACCCACACCCUCUAGCCCCAACACUGCACUCUGACCUCUACCCCGCCCGCCGUCAUGUCUGAAGGAGAGGCUCCAGUCCCGCCGGCUGGGGGGCUGCCCCCAGACAUGCUGGCAGAGCAGGUAGAGCUGUGGUGGUCCCAGCAGCCGCGGCGCUCCGUGCUCUGCUUCUCUGUGGCCGUGGUCCUGGUGGCGGGCUGUGGGGCGGGAGGCGUGGCACUGCUGUCCUCCACCAGCAGCCGCUCGGGCGAGUGGCGGCUGGCGACGGGUACUGUGCUCUGCCUGCUGGCCCUGCUGGUUCUGGUCAAGCAGCUGAUGAGCUCGGCUGUGCAGGACAUGAACUGCAUACGCCAGCCCCAGCACGUGGCCCUGCUGCGCAGCGGCGGAGGAGCCGAUGCCCUUGUGGUGCUGCUCAGUGGCCUGGUGGUGCUGGUCACCGGCCUGACCCUGGCUGGGCUGGCCGCCGCCCCUGCCCCGGCCCGGCCACUGGCCGCUAUGCUGUCAGUGGGCAUCGGCCUGGCUGCCUCGGGCUCACUUUUGCUGCUGGGCUUGCUGCUCUAUCAGGUGGGCGUGCAUGGACACCGUCCCCCUCGCCAUGUGGCCGCCCCCUCCACCCACAGUGACCGCAGUGGCAACGGCAGCAUCUUCAGCAUCUCAGGCCGGCUGUCUGCCGGCCAGCGUCACGAGACCACAUCCAGCAUCGCCAGCCUCAUCUGA